AUGACUGGCAUUCUAUGGAACAGAGGUGAGGAGUGGCGAGAAGCAUGGGACUUCCGGUUCAAGUGGACCGAAGGGCACUUCACCCCCGAUGACCUCCGCCCGAUGAUGUACACCUACGACGAGCUGGGAGCAAAAGCACUGGACCGGCUGGGCGAGAUAUCGCCGCCGACCAAGGCCCCGCACCCGGGCGAGAAGACCGACGCGGCUCCCAACCCAAAGCCCCACCGAGAUCUCUAUGCUCUCCUGAGAGACAACGCAGAUUCGGACGAGACCCUCGGGAAGCUAUGGACCCAGGUCAACACGGUCCCGAGCUGGGUUGACUGGGCCCAGAUCGAACGCGGGCAGCAGGUCUUCCUCCGCUACGGCGGGCCCGCCAUGUUCGCGCUCGCGUUCCAAUCCCUCGUCGGCGGCUUCGGCAGCCGCCGCGUCGUCGAGACGCUCGCCCGCACGGGCGGCUUCGGCAUCAACAUUACGCGCCGGCGACUCCUCGAGACGCUCCAGCACAUCCUCGAGGUGACGCGCGACCUCAGCUCCGUCCAGCCCGGCGGCGACGGCUUCGCCUCCUCGGUGCGGGUCCGCCUUCUGCACGCCGCCGUCCGCCGCCGCAUCCUCGCCCUCGCCGCCGAGCGGCCCUCGUAUUACGACGUCCACGCCUGGGGCGUGCCCGUCAACGACCUUGACUCCAUUGGCACUAUCAUCUCCUUCUCGGCCACGCUCCUCUGGAUCAGCCUGCCCCGGCAGGGCAUCUACCCGACCCGCGCCGAGAAGGCCGACUACCUCGCUCUCUGGCGCUGGGUCGCCCACGUCAUGGGCACGCCGACCGACACCUUCGCGUCCGAGACCCGAGCGCGCGCCAUGAUGGAGUCCCUCAUGGUAUCCGAGAUCGAGCCCUCCGACACGUCGCGCGUGCUCGCCAAUAACGUCCUCACGGCGCUGUGCAACCAGCCGCCAUCGUAUGCCUCGCGCGAGUUCCUCGCCGCCGAGACCUACUGGCUCAACGGGCCUAGGCUCGCGCGCGCGCUGGCCGUCGAGAGGCCGCCGUUGCGCUACUUCCUACUCGUUGCCGGGCAGUGCAUCUUCUUCAUGGUCGUGUCCUACGCCCGCCGUCUGUUCCCAAACUGGGACAGGUCGCUGAAUGAGAAACUCCAAAAAGCCCUGUUCGGCAUGGUAGUCCACAAGACCGAGAUAGGUGCCCUCGGCAAGGAGACAAAGUUCGAGUUCAAGUAUAUCCCGACCCUGGACGUCACGUCCACCGAAGCCGACGCCCGGCCUGACCACCUUGCCCGGUACGCAAAGGGCCCCGCCGCCGGGAUGAGCAUCCGCCGCCGCCUGCAGUUUGCCGAAUGGCGGAGCCUGGCCGUGCUCCUCCUAGCCGUAGCCGCCGCCGGUCUUCUCGCUUGGCUGGGCAUCCGGAGUGCCUCGGUGUUGUUCAGGACUCUUCCCGGGAUGACUCCGCUGGGUCUGUGA